UAGAGACCUGUGUGUCUGUUGUCCCUCGUGUCUGUGCUCUUGUAGAAUACUGGUUGAGGGGUGGAGAUGAUGUAGUUAAUUAUUCCUUGCACACAAACAUUCGACCACCCAUCAGAUAUGAUUGCAAUACAGUCUGCUUUCUCUAUGAUUUGCUUGUCCUUCACUUGAACUCUGUUGAACUCUGCAUCCAGCAAAUUAGUAGAUGAAGCAUGUCUGGUUGGAGGGGUGUAUGCUGGGCGAAGAACAUUCAGAAAUCUCUUCCAAUACACAUUGCCUGUGAGCAUCAGAGGUGAACCAGUUGCAUACACAGCUCGAGCAAGACAUUCAUCAGCAUCUCUGUGAUUACGUUCGUUCUUCCAUUGAGUAAAAAACACUUCUGAUUCCAGGAGGACAAUGCGCUGUUGCUAUCGAUAAGGUGUCUGAUUCAUCAUUUCACCUCAAAUAGAAGUAGAGGGACUUUUGUCAGAGGUUGCUUGUUGUGAGCGCUGAGGGAACUUUAUGCACUUGGCCAGAUGAUUCUGGAUCUUUGUUGCAUUCUUCACAUAUGAUUUGACACAGUAUUUAUAAAUGUACACAGCGUUUCCUUCUACAUUAGCUGCAGUGAAAUGUCUCCACACAUCAGAUAGUGCCCGUGGCAUUUUCCUAUAGAGAUUAGAAUAACAUUUGUAAAAAAAAAAAAACGAAUACAAUUCCAUGUACAGAUAGUUAAGCAGUCAGAUUAAACAACUCCUUUGUAAGAUAAAUGUUUUAAAUGAAACAUGUAUGGGAACAGGUGAAUUUACACUCCUCAGUUAGCAGGCUCAAGCAACCUAAAACUAUCUAGCAGAAAUUGUUAACAAGUUAGAAAUAAUUUAUCCACACUUUGCUGUAGGCUACUAUUUACUAGUAAACUAAAAAAUCAUGUGUGUCAUAUCAAAUAUAUUCACCUCACCCAGUAUUGUAAUCAAAACUUACCAGAAAGCAUGUAGUCCUUGGCUCAGACAGUGUAGUAGUGUGGGCUCAAUAGCAUCUCAUUAGUGUGAAAGAUCUUGAGAAUCAGCUGUACAUGUGAUGGAAGAAUGCACUGUGCAUGCAGAGGGUUACAAUUCCAUUGAAUUGGGGAUAGUUUAACCAAAAUAUACCACAAGACCUAGAACUGCCUCAUGUGUAUUCCACAAAAAAAGUUCACUGUUAGCUUAACUUAAAAAAAAAAAUAUGAAUUUAAGCAAAAUUCCCAGAAUUCCAGGGCUGAACUUCCCAUGGAAAUUUACCGAAAAGUUUCCGACCCUUUGCAACCCUAGUCUUGACUAUAUUUCCUAUUAAUUUUGCAACUCAUUUCAUGUAUGUUUUCAUGGAAAACAAGGACAUUUUUUUAAAGUGACCCCAAACUUUUAAACGGUAGUAUACAUACGUUCCCAAUAUACCUGCCACCCAGCCCCCAACAGUCUUCACCCUGCCUACGAGCAAACCGCACAGGAAGCAAUGUCUUCUGGUAAAGCAGACCGCUAUCUCAGCCAGCCACGGGACUCCAACACCCUCAUCCAGACAUGCAGCUCCAACAUCCAGAAGAUCACACAGAACAAUGUUUCCUAUAGAUUAGAGGAUGUAUGUUUUCACACUUCCCAGCUGCCCAGAUAAAGAGCAUGGUGAAUCAGCUGGGGACGGGACAAGACACCAGCGAACUGAGGGACAGUCUACAGCAGAUACAGCACUUUACCAACCAGCUGGCCAAGGAGACCAACAAGCACCUGAAAGACCUGGGCUCCGUCUCACCAUCUUCAGCACCGUCAGAGCAGAGGCAACAGAAGAUCCAGAAAGACCGACUGAUGAAUGAUUUCUCCGCUGCCCUCAACAACUUCCAGGCCAUACAGCGCCAGGCAGCACAGAAGGAGAAGCAGUCUGUAGCCAGAGCCCGAGCUGGUUCCCGUCUCUCAGCUGAAGAUGGCGCCUCUGAGGAACAGCUGGUGUCUUUUGAUAACCAAGAUGAUUGGGCUCAGACAACCACACAGACAACAGAGGAGGCCAUAACAGAAGAGGACUUGGUGCUUAUCAAGGAGAGAGAGACCAACAUCAGACAGCUAGAGUCGGACAUCUUGGAUGUGAACCAGAUCUUCAAGGAUCUAGCCGUGAUGAUCCAUGAUCAGGGAGAGAUGAUUGACAGCAUAGAGGCCAACGUGGAGAGUGCCGAGGUCCACGUAGACCGAGGGACAGAACAGCUUCAGAGAGCCGCCUACUUCCAGCAAAAGUCCCGUAAGAAGAUGUGCAUCUUGGCCGUGGUCCUGUCCAUAGUACUGACCAUACUGGGCAUCAUCAUCUGGCAAGCCACCCAAUGAGAAGAGAGACCGCACCCAACCGUCCUCUUUCACUUCUUUAUUUGUUUUAACCCCCAACCUGAAACACUAGCCCCGGGUGGAUCCCUGGAGUGGUUUGAGAAAGGGAUUCCCGGCUAGCUCACUGUUGGCAGGGGUCAGGGGACAUGGCAUCAGGGCAAAGGGUUGGGUCUGGGAUAUAACCUUACCUGUUACCUGACCCUCCCCCCCCCCUGAGCUCAAGGCCUCCAGCUAACCUCUGAGAAAACGCAGUAGUAUUUCUAUACAAAUGAAGGAGAGUCUUGGAGUAAGAUUGGAGCGUGGAUUUAAUAAAAAUAGACUCUUAUCUGUUUGUGAUAUUACUGCACUAACACGAACAUUCAUUGUAUUUACAAAAGCAGAAUAAUUGUUAUUAUUGUAGGGGUGUCAAUGAUUUUUGUAACCUGUACAUUUCUGGCACCUUUUCGGUGUGUAAACAGUUUAGUGUCACACUCCAUUGAAGUUAUAGGAGAGGUUUUCCCCCAACACACAUUAAACCUGGUCCUCGACUAAAAUAUAUAUUUUCCAUGGAGAUUCUCCAUUGAGCUUGUUUUGUUGUUGUUGUCCAGGACUAGCCUUAAUCUGUGUUGAGGAAACCACACCAUAGUUCUUAUAUUGCUUAGGUGAGAUGACUUUCUGAUGGAAACGCCGUUUUAUCCAACUGUAUACAUGAUGAUGAUAACAAACUAUGGUUGUAAUAAAUACAUUCAAUAACA